CGGAGCGGAGGCGGGGCUUGGGGGUGGUUGAAGCUCUGGUGGGUUGGUGGGUUCAGACCGAGGGGACUACGGGUCGGCGUUUGGCUCAGUGGGCUCGAAACAAAGGACUAUCCGGUAGGGACUCGGCGCGGUGCCUUCUGACCGGUAGCUGAGCGGCCCAUCGAGGUUUCUCCGCCGACCAGUACCCUCACCGCGCGGUCUCAGUAGGCUUCUCCUCGGUUCCCUACAGCCAGCGGCGUGGUGGGGGGCCCCGCACAGCGGCACCUGCUGCUGAGGGACCCCGCGGCCCGCCCAGGUGCUCAUGAUGGGGCUGAUCUUCGCUAAACUGUGGAGCCUCUUCUGUAACCAAGAACACAAAGUAAUUAUAGUGGGACUGGAUAAUGCAGGGAAAACCACCAUUCUUUACCAAUUCUUGAUGAAUGAAGUGGUUCAUACAUCUCCAACCAUAGGAAGCAACGUCGAAGAAAUAGUUGUGAAGAACACUCAUUUUCUCAUGUGGGAUAUUGGUGGUCAGGAGUCACUGCGCUCAUCCUGGAACACGUAUUACUCAAACACAGAGUUCAUCAUUCUUGUUGUUGAUAGCAUUGACAGGGAACGACUAGCCAUUACAAAAGAGGAACUAUACAGAAUGUUGGCUCAUGAGGAUUUACGGAAGGCUGCAGUCCUUAUCUUUGCAAAUAAACAGGAUAUGAAAGGGUGCAUGACAGCAGCUGAAAUCUCUAAAUACCUCACCCUUAGUUCAAUUAAGGAUCAUCCGUGGCACAUUCAGUCCUGCUGUGCUUUAACAGGAGAAGGGUUAUGCCAAGGUCUAGAGUGGAUGACCUCCCGGAUCGGUGUGAGAUAACUUUUUGCUUGAAAAGAGACUGCUCUAUUUAUUCUGUGACAUGAACAUUUUCCUAGUACCUUUGGCUGCUAAGGCAGCAGCAUGUUUAAUUUAUAACAACACAAACCUCUAUGAGCAACACUUGAAUCAAGUGCAGCUGAACUGGAACAUAAAAGAUUUUUUCUUAACUUUUUUUUAAUGCACUAAUCUUCAGUUGGAUGAACAUAAUGUGUAACUAUGUUUUCAGCAACAUAAUUCUUCUGACUGCUGAUUCUAACUAUUCAAUGACUGCCUUGUAAGAAAUGUUUGUCAUAUGUUUAAUGUUUUCCAAAGUAUUGUAAUAACUUUAAUGACCAAUUUCUUUCAUUUCUUGACCACCCCCUCUCCCUACCAGAUAAUUACUGGUUUGACAUGCUAGUAGUGGAAAUCAUCAGGUUCUGCUUGCAAACUUAACUAGCACUAAAUAUUUGCUGCCUCUUCAAACCACUUACCUUUUGAACAGAACUUACUAUAGAGAAAGAAAUCUACCUAGAAGAUACUUACAUAUAAGGAAGACUGACCAUAAUGAGAACUGCCUUUAAGUUAAUUUCUCCCACAUUAUUGCAAGUCAUGGAAUAAUUUUAACUUACUAUUAGCGUGGAAAUUAAGUAGGCUGUUUAUCUAAAAGAAUUAAAUUCACUUUUCUGCCUCUAACACGAGAUUAGUUUUUACUGAAAACUAAUCAAGGAAAAAUAUUUGAAAGCCCAACUUUGAUGGUAAAUAUUUUGAUAAAUCUGAUAUUUUAAAAAUGUCAUAUUAUUCAACAGAUAAAUUAACUACCAGAAAUUAUUAAAGCACACCAGCACUACUAUCAAAACAAGGCACUUGGAAUAUAUUUUACUAUCAAUUAUAAGCAACUUUUAUUAUCAGCAGAAAGUUCAACUAUUCCAUUUGCAAGGGAGAGCACAUCUGCUUUGGGCAAUAGCUGAAGCAGAGUAUUAACAUUUCAUUUCUUAAAAAUUUGAAAUUGUGUGUGAAUUUGAAGUGUUUCUACCACCAGCAGUAUAUUAUACUUAGAAAACCAUAUGACUUUUCCUUAAAUCUAUCUGAGGUUAUAGUUUAAUAGUCUUAAAACAGUUGCCAUCUUUAUAGAACAAGAUGUUCUAAAGUCUUUUGCUGGGUUACAGGAAACUGCUGAAUUUAAUCCUAGCUUUUAAAGUAUUACUAGGAGACUGAAAGUUAACACUAACAUCUUAUAAAUUUAAAAAUAGGAAGAAAAAGUCAUAUGCUAUCAGAAGUUUAUUACAUAUCAUUGAAAAGUUUCAAGGCAGUUGUCUAAUAUGAACAGUAAUAUAAAUAGUGCAUACUUUAGAGGGAGGACAAAUAUUAUAAUUUUGAUCCUUUAUUUCAAAUGUGUGAUUUUGCUAUAAUGAAAGGGAUAAAAUGCAUACUUAGAGAAUAAUAAUUCAUUUUUGCAGUAUUUUUUUCAUUUGGUUCAAAAAUAGGAUUCAGUGUUCAUAAGAAUUUCAAAAUACCUGUUCAAAAGUGGUAUUUCAAUUUUAAUAUUUUUAUUGUAAAUUGGUUUUACUUUUGCUCUGUUUUCAGGUAUACUUGAUUUAUUAUAUUUAGUCUAAUUGAAUGUGGUAACAUUUUCUUUCUAUUUAGUGGUAGCACACCCUAGAACUGAAAAAUGGCCGGAGGAAAGCUUUCUGGACUUUGGGAACUAGUGGUCUAUUAACCUUGUUUUGAACCUUUUUCUUAGUGAUUCUAUACCAAGUAGAGGGUAAAUUUUGUUUUUAAUAAAAUCCAUAAUCUAGAACAUGAGAGAAAAAGCAAACAUAAAUCAAUAUGGAUGCUUCGUGUUAUGUGCUUGGGGGCAGGGAGCAGGAAGAAUUAUGAAGACAACCAUUUACCUAAAGCACACUUUGCCAGAAUUUCUGUCUUGGUUAUAGAGUUCAGCCAUAAAUACUGAGGAUAAUUCUCUUAGCUCCAUCCUGAGAAAACGUAUUUAUACCCUUGUAUCCAUCCUCAUUAUGAAAUUUAUCUUCUUAUAUCUAGUAAGAUUGGCUGGCUCAGUUUUCUUCUAUCAAAUUAUACGGUUAUUUUUUUAUAUUACCACAUCAGCAUUAUAUUGAAAGUGUUUUUAUUAGUUGAUUGUAUUUUGUCAAACAACUACUAGUAUAGAUUCAAGUUUGCUAUUUAAUUUUUUAAAAUACAAUUUAUUUUAUUUUCUAAAUUUUUUUAAAAAGCGUUUUGUUAGUUUGGGAUUAGAAAUGGUUUAUGUUAGCUGCGUUGAUAAUGAAAUCGAUAUCCCACUAGUUUUUGUGGCAGUGAUUGGGAAGAGUUUAAAUAGAAAAUUCAUGUAAGACUUUUUAAAGGUGUUUUAUAGGUUCUCAUUAGAGAUUUCCUGUUACAUUGAUAAGAAAACUGAUUAUCCUUUACUCCAAGAGAAUGUUUUGUUUGACCCAAGCAGGUACCUCAUACUAAAGCAUUGAUUAGGACAUUCAUUGUCAAUCAACUAUAAAAUAUUGUUUGAUGAAAAAUGUAAAUUUGUAAUUAGUGCCUUUAUUCACAUUUUGAGAUGAAUUCUCAGUUUUGUACUAUACCUGUUCUCUAGAAGUCAGAUUAACAGCUGAUUAACUUGACAAUGAAAUAAUUCAAGAUUCACCUCCCCACCAACCCUUCAGUUGCCUAGCAAAGUGGAAAGCAGGGGACCCACCCACAUUACUUUUGGGAGAUUAUUCUAGAUUUUAUUUUUAUUUUGAGGAUGAAGCAAUGAAAGUUUAAAUAUUUUAUUAGAACUGAAAUGUAACUGCCACCCAAAUACGGUAUUUUUCUCCAUUUUGAACAUGUUACAUUCUUAAUGUUUAAACCCACUGUUGUUAUUGCAGCACAUUUGGGAACUCUCAGAAUUAACAGGCCCCUUUAUAUGGGAAUAUACUACAUAAUUUGUAUUCUUAGUGUAAUUUAAUUCCUUAAAAUCUGAAAUUAUAUAUAUAUAUAUAU